CACUGUCUGAAUUUUUCUAUUCGUGGGCUCCAAGUGCGAUUUAUCUUGUUCCUCAUCAUUGAUCUUGUUUCUAUGUACGGCUUGUGUGCGCACUUUUGCUUUUUAGAUGCAGGACCAUGAACGUUUACCGGGACAUGCUUAGUCGAGAGCAAAGGAAGACUCUACGGGAACUCAAAACCCACGCCUUCUUUCAGCAUCAUAACCUCGAAUUUGAGGUCUUUGAGGAUCUUGGUGCUCGAGAGACAAUGGAGGCUACUGUUCGCACCUAUUCUUGGCGGCGCCUCCUUUGCCUCUCUAAGCUUAAGUAUCAUGAAUUUGUAUGGGAGUUUCACCCCAAUUUCCAGCACUACUAUACCAGGAUAGGCGCACACGGCAACGCCAUCCACUUCACCUUGGGAGGGGAGGCUCACUCCCUAAGUUAUGAUGAUUUCGCUAGGGCCAUGGACCUUCUUCUUCCAAUUGCCUGUCGCCUAGCCAUUGAGCUGUCAGAUACUCCUGCCUUCCAGGACCAGCGUUUCUUCGAGAGAAUAUGCCUUCCGGAGUUCGUAGGGGCUAUGUUCCAACCUGGUCAAACCACAACGACUCAGCUCCAUCCUGAAUGGCGCAUCCUCAACUAGCUGUUGGGCAAGUCCUACGCACCCAGUAGGGGCUCAACCAGUCGCCUCCAGCUCCGGACUCUGUCCUUCCUACACUCGAUGAUCCGGGAGGAAGACAAUCUCAACUUGGCGUCUAUCCUUGCUAGGAAGAUCCCAAAGCUACUAGAUGCGGUCGUGCUCUUGUUUGUGGACCGGUCAUCACUACUCUGGCUCAGUACUACGAGAUCGACCUCACCGCCUAACUAUUGUCCAACCCCGACACCUUUUAGCCGGGAGACUCUUCGAUGCCAGCUCUUUCUCUAACACGACGGGGACGUGACAUGGAUCAAGCGACAUCCUCGGCCUCCCCCUCGUGCACCAGAUGAAGCUGAUUUGCUUGAGGCGAGUGAUACCAGAGUUCGCCGUGGUCCCCGUCGACCUACCCACCGUGCCUAGGCACAUGGAGCAUUCUCUGCAGCUGCCCCAUCCAGCUCUUCUGUCGGGCCUUCUGCUGUCCCCUCUACCUCGAUUGCUGAUCAGCAAGCAGCCAUUGCUUGUUAGAACAAGCUGAUUCUCGCGAGCCAAGAGCACCUUAGCAGCCGACUCAAUCGGGAGAGAGAUGGUCACCGCUGCAACAUUUCAGGGCAACACUACAUGAUACACUAGUUUAACAUGGACCCUACAGCGGUUCACUACCCCUGGGUGACCUCCUAAGGGAAUGAGAAUCACUACCCCCUCUUACUGGUGAUGGAGGCGAUGAGGCCUAGGUUGUCUCCUACUAAUCCCCAUGGGAUGUUGGGUUAUGUAAUUUUCUUUCGUUCCAGACUGAGACUCAGUGUCGGUUUUCGUUUUCAUUUUCUUUGGAUUGUAGACUUGGUACUAUGGUUUCUAUCACCUAGUGUGUUUUGAUGUUUUUAGCUAUGUGCCUCUUGACUGGUCCCACUCCAGUCCCCUGCUCUUGACUGGUCUGCCUUCCAGUCGCUGUUUCCAAUCAUCACUUCCCGGUAGCAUCGUUCCUCUUCCCUCUACUCCAUUGAGGGCAAUGUCGAAUCUAAGUGGGGGGGGGGGGGUGCUUUGUAUUUUUUGGAACAUAUGUAUGUGUGCUUGGAGCCUAAUCCACUGUUUGAAUCUAUGAUUUACAUGUCCCUUAUAAUUGCCUGCUCGGUAUGCUUUGAAUUGACAGUCUUUAUGGUAUCAUGCAACCUUGGGAGAUAGUUGUAACACUAUGGAGGAUGUUGAAGUAUAAGAUCUGUCCUAUCUUUAUCUUUGUUGUGUCGGUUCAUUGUGUGAACUAAUGGCUUUAGGACAUUUGAUUCAUGUGGUAUCGAUGACUCUGUGUGUGUUGUGUCUCUACUCAUGUAUCGUAAAAGUGUGCUCAAUGUGUGUAAUGAAAAAGCAGUUGGUCCUCCAUGCCAAAAAUUUGAAAUUUUAAACAUGGGGCAAGCCCAACGUGUGUGGCAUCGUUCAUUGCACAAAAUCGGGUUUUGGAAGAGAUUUUAGUGAUCCUUAGUGGGGUAGUCCUACAAGGUGAAGCUAAGCCGUCUCUGGUACAAGUAAAAAUUUCACUAGUUGAACUGUUUGCCUACUCGAGGAUGUUGUCCACUUUGUGUGUAUGGGCACGGAUAGAUCUUCCGACCCCCAUAAUUUCAUUGACCCUCCACACGAGUUGAGAAAAAGGAGUUAAACAAAGUACUCUGUGUAACAUCCCGAACCUUUUCCCGACGAAGAUAUUGUCCACUUUGGGCCAAGACCCUCAUGGUUUUCGACUUGGGGUGCAAUUCAAGGUGACUUUCCAUCCUUUUUGUACUCCACACUGAGCACGUUUAACUUCAGAUUUCUCAUAAGAACUCCUCCAUUUCACCCCAAAAUGCGUCUUGUCGGUUAAUGUCGGUUUCCUACUUAUGAACCAUGGAUCUCUCCCAUGCUUUGUCGCUGUGGGAUUUGCCUAAGGUGUUACAUACACCUCCCCUUAGGACUUAACGCUCUCGUUGAGGUUUGCCCCACCAUCGUUCAAGAGGGACGCAGAGAGGCUCUGAUACCACUUGUAACAUCCCGAACCUUUUCCCGACGAAGAUAUUGUCCACUUUGGGCCGAGACCCUCAUGGUUUUCGACUUGGGGUGCGAUUCAAGGUGACUUCCCAUCCUUGUUGUACUCCACACUGAGCACGUUUAACUUCGGAGUUCUCAUAACAACUCCUCCAUUUCACCCCAAAACGCGUCUUGUCGGUUAAGGCCGGUUUCCUACUUAUGAACCAUGGAUCUCUCCCGUGCUUUGUCAAUGUGGGAUUUUCCUAAGGUGUUACACUCUGGCGAGCGACAGAUGAGUAGAAAUUUCUCUUUCUCAACCAAUAAGGGUCCACCGCGCAUAAUAAAUGCAGUUUGGAACCGCUAGAAAGUGUGAAAAUGAAGAAAAAGGGAAAACCAUAAGAAAAAGGGGUUUCAACG